AUGGAUGAACCUGGAGGAUAUAAUGUUAAGUGCAAAAAUCCAGGAAACCCAAGUUUACAAGUUGGCUUGGGAUUUUCAGUCUUAACCCGAUUCUGGGUACGUCUUGGCGCACUAUAUAUCUUGCGCCACCGGUCCGCCGCUGCGGAAGGCGCUGAGCUGUGCUCCUCGCACUUCCUCUCCAGGAGUCUGAGCGGGGUUCGCCAGUUCCAGAAGCUCCAGUUCGCGGAGGCCUUGCCCUGGUCAGACGGCGCAGCGAUGUCCGAGCCAAGUAAGGACCCGCGCAUCCCCAACUUUGCGGGAGCGGCCCCCAGGCCCCGGGCGCUGGGCAACCUCGGGGGGGCGGUGCCGGGCCCCGCGCCGCCCGCCCCGGCCCAGCUGGUGCAGAAGGCGCACGAGCUCAUGUGGUACGUGCUGGUCAGGGACCAGAGGAAGAUGGUCAUCUGGUUUCCAGACAUGGUGAAGGAUGUCAUCGGCAGCUACAAGAAGUGGUGCAGAAGCAUCCUCAGGCGCACCAGCCUCAUCCUCGCCAGAGUUUUCGGGCUGCACCUGAGGCUGGUGAGCCUGCACACGAUGGAGUUCGCGCUGGUCAAAGCCCUCGACCCGGAGGAGCUGGACAGGAUGGCGCUGAACAGCCGCAUGCCCAUGACCGGCCUCCUGCUCAUGAUCCUGAGCCUCAUCUACGUGAAGGGCCGCGGUGCCAGGGAGAGUGCCGUCUGGAACGUGCUGCGCAUCCUGGGGCUUCGGCCCUGGAAGAAGCACGCCACCUUCGGGGACGUGAGGAAGCUCAUCACCGAGGAGUUCGUCCAGCAGAAUUACCUCAAGUACCGGCGCAUCCCUUACGUGGAGCCUCCCGAGUACGAGUUCUUCUGGGGCUCCAGAGCCAGCCGUGAAAUCACCAAGAUGCAGAUCAUGCUGUUCCUGUCCAGGGUCUUCAAGAAAGACCCCCAGGCCUGGCCCACCCGCUACAGAGAGGCUCUGGAGGAGGCCAGAGUCCUGCGCGAGGCGCGUGGCCCUGCCCCCUGCCCCCGCAGUGUCUCCGGGAAUUAGAAAGGUCUGGAGGCAGAUUCAGGGUUUCUGAGCCUCACCAGGGCUGUGAAAGGGUGGGGCAGAUCAUUAGCGUAUUCAGAAUUUACAGUGCAGUAUAUCAUGUGUAACUUUAAAGUUUUCAGUACUGUGCUUUUAUACCUUCACUGCAACUUGUAUUCAUUUGGGCACUGUUAAGUAGUGUUUAGAUUUAUGCAUGUUUGUUUACAAGUAAGUUCAGUUGGUGCUUUCGCUUUUGUGCUUUCUUGAAUUCUUUUGUACCAGAGAUGUGCUAAACUUAUGAAGUACAUUGUAAAAUUCCCCACCUUCUUCCUUGUAUGGGACCGAUUGGGUGUGUUGGGAUGGAGUUCUUCUGGAGAGUUGGGAAGGACUCACGGGAAAGCUGUCCUGACCAAGAGAAAAGUUGGGGCCCCUCUGUGUCGGUGACCUCACUGGGCACGGGAAAUACCCAUUGGGAGUGAACUGGUUUGGACUGGGAUGGUCUCCAUGUGGGCAGUUGGCACACUUCACAGCACCGUAUACAGCCUCACUAUGAAUAAACUCUAAACAUUAAAAAUUCUUGU